AUGUUCCUCGGCUUCAAGGCCGCCAAGGCCCACUUCGGGGUCUCCUCUUGCACACUCCGAAGGUGGGCCAAUGAAGCCAAGGUCGUCUCCAAGCGCACCGCUGGCAACCACAGGGUCUUCCUCGCCGCCACCUCCCAAGCGGAAGAAGGCCGGGAACGCCUCGCCUACUGCCGUGUCAGCAGCUCCAAGCAGCGCGACGACCUGCAGCGCCAGAAGGACUUUCUCGCUCACCAAUACCCCGGACACCGCAUUGUCACGGACGUGGGCUCCGGCAUCAACUUCAAGAGACCCGGACUGCUAUCCCUUCUGGAACGAGUCUUGCAAGGCCGAGUAUCGCAAGUGGUGGUUACCAGCAAAGACCGCCUGUGCCGCUUCGCGUUCGAGCUCCUUCAAUGGAUCUGCCUCCGCCAAGGGACACAGAUCCUGGUUCUCGAUUCAGGAGACAAGUCACCAAACGAGGAGAAGAUCCGGGCCUUCCCGACGGCGCAGCAGCGCAACAUACUCCGGAGGCUGGUGGGCGGGUGCAGGAAGCUGUACAACGAGGCGGUCUCCAUGAUCCGGGAUCGCAGGCUGCCGUUCGCGAGCGAGGCGGAGUUCCGGGAGGCCGAGCGAGAGCGAGGGCUCCGGCUCGCCGAGCGGAAGCGCAAGGCCAGAAGCGGCCAAGAGGAGGAGAGCGGGCGAGGGGAGGGGGCGGGAGCGUACAAGGGCACGAAGCACCCGUGGCUCGACAAGGUGUACGUGAAGAACUUUCUGGUCCCGGAGAAGAGUGCAUUCGUGCGGGCGAACCCGUACCUGAAGGACGUGCCUAAGGAGACGAGGCAGCAGGCGGUGGAAGACGCGAUCGAGGCGUGCAAGGCGGCCCUGAGCAACGUGCGAGCGGGCAACAUCGAGCACUUCAGCCUGGGGUUCCGGAAGAAGAAGGACCCGCGGUGGUCGCUGGCAGUGGCGUUCAAUGCGGUUUCAGGCAGCAGGUUCUGGCCGCGCAAGAUCAAGGAGUUCGGGCAGCUGCGGGUGGCGGAGCCAGGGCACCUGAGGCCCCACUACGACAGGGAGCUGAAGGUCUCCAAAGACGAGCUGGGCCGCUACUGGAUGCUGGUCCUGAGUGCGAAGGGCCCCGCCAGGGGCACGAACGAGGCUGCGGCCAGGGUGGAGGCGCUGGCAGAGUCGACCCGCGAGAACCAAGCGGGGGACCGGCCCGUAGCUGCCAUCGACCCCGGCGUGCGGACUCGGCACUCGAUCUACAUGACGGACGGCAGGGUGGUGGACGUAGGCGGGGGAGACAUCGCCCGUGUGGUGCGGCUCUGCCGCCACGUAGACCGCUGCAUCUCCGCGCUGAAGAAGGGAGAAUUCUGUGUGUCACGGAAGCACGUGAGGCGUGAGCCUGGUGCGUCUACUAUGCGGCUGUUCGACCACUACCGCCCGGCCAAGAAGGAGCAGGGGGCGCAUGUCGUCCCGCUAGACGGGCGUAGCAGGGAGCACAUUCGGGCGAAGAUGCACCGGCUGAGGGCAAAGGUACAGGCGCUGAAGGACGAGGUAGACAAUCAGACGGUUGCAUACCUGGUAAGGGAGUGCAAGGCGGUGCUCCUCCCGCCGUUCGACACGCAUCGCAUGGCGACGCGGCUGAAUCACAAGACGGCACGGGCGAUGAUGCAGUGGAGGCACGGGGCAUUCAAAGCCAAGCUGUUGGAGCGGGCAGCACGGAUGGGCGUGCAGGUGAUGGUCGUUCCGGAGGCGUACACGAGCAAGACAUGUGGGGCGUGUGGGUGGCUGCACCCAAGCUUGGGAGGGGCGAAGACGUUCCAGUGCAGGAGCUGUGGAGUGGAGUUAGACCGGGACCACAACGGUGCCCGUAAUAUCUUCCUGAGAGCAAUUCGGUCUUGGGGAGUAGAUAGCCCCGAAUGA